UCCUGAGACCUUUUUCACCUCCGGGCUAAAUUCUGGCUUGGUGGCGGUUCAUUCAGCGCUCGGUACCAGCACCUGUGAGGCUGUGGCGCGUGAAACCCUAGAUUGGUAAUUCAGAGAUCUGUGGGGCCAGCCAGCCUGAGCCUGCUCACCUUCAGAGUCUAUGCAGCACCCAAAAAGGACUCGCCUCAUAAAAGUUACAUGAAGAUCGAUGAGCUUUCACUCUACUCAGUUCCUGAGGGUCAAUCUAAAUAUGUGGAGGAGCCAAGGACUCAACUUGAAGAAAACAUCUCACAACUCCGACAUCGUUGUGAGCCAUAUACAAGUUUGUGUCAGGAAAUAUACUCCCAUACUAAACCCAAGGUGGAUCACUUUGUCCAGUGGGGAGUAGACAACUAUAACUAUCUUCAAAAUGCACCUCCUGGAUUUUUCCCAAGACUCGGUGUUGUUGGUUUUGCUGGUUUUGUCGGACUCCUUUUUGCUAGAGGUUCAAAAAUAAAGAAGCUGGUGUAUCCUCCUUUUUUCAUGGGAUUAGGUGCCUCUGUCUAUUACCCACAACAAGCCAUCACUAUUGCCCAGAUCACUGGGGAGAAGUUAUAUGACUGGGGAUUACGAGGGUACAUAGUUGUAGAAGAUUUGUGGAAGCAAAAUUUUCAGAAGCCAGGAAAUGUGAAGAAUUCACCUGGAAAUAAAUAGAAAACUCCAUGAUCUGCCCAUUUUAAUCAGUUAUAGGUAAACAUUGGAAACUCCAGACAGUAAAUCAGUAUUUCUACAGACAAAUGGCAGAAUCAGUAUUGGAUAUAGUAAACUGGCUUUCUUCAGGAAAAACAACACUAAGCCUUUUUGCUGUUUUGGGUGAUGCCAUAUUACAGGCCAACUAAUCUGCAAUCUUUCACAUGGAAAUAAUGUACAAGCCUUAGAACUCCUCAUUCUUAUACCACUAUUUAUGUACAUAAUUAAACUCCAGAUUCCAACAAA